CUGGGACUCUGCCUAGAUCCGGUUCGUCUCGUCCCUGGGUGCCUCGGGUGCUACUCGAGGCUGAAGUGUUCGCGGCGCAGCUGAGGUGGCCUGCCGGCGGCGGCAUGGAUGGCUAGGGCGCAUCGGGCUUCCUGGUCCAGGGAGCGGGCGUGGCUGUCGGGCGGAGGUGCGUUCGGUGGCGGUGUAUCUGCAGUUCUGCACAUCGGCUCCCUACGGCGCGGGCUGAGAGUGCCGUGGCCUGGUGACCCCGAGGUCGUCGGGCGGCAGCUGCAGACGGCAGCUCUUCUCACGGGCGUGGAGGCGGGGCUGAGGUUUGGAAUUAGGUAUGGAAAAAGGAGACUAAACGUUGAGAGAACAAAAUGUAUGCAGGAGAUAGUCUGCGACUGCUCGGGGGUCCCAAAAAGAAGUAAUACACGGUCUUGCCGGUGUAGGUGCCCAGCGAUGAUAUGGUUGCUCCGGUCAAAAGACAACAGCUGCAUGGCAGCUGCUGUCGAAUAUGAAUGAUGAUUGAUGAAUGCUUGCUCCUUGUACUGCUUGCCGUUAGGUAGCAUGGCAUUGGGGGACGAGGAUCAAUCAAGCACUUGAUAAAAGAGACACCAAACGGGG